UUUUUGGUGGAAGGACAUUGGAGGCUUCGAACCUGCGACCUUGGGUGAUAAGCUACGAAGCAAAACGAAUAGUUGCUCUGUCGGUUGUGGUUUUAUAUUCAAUUUUUGAAACGCACACGGUGAAGUGACAGACGUCGUAUUUGUUUCGCGAUCAUUUGACAAACACAAACCACCUCGUAUCGUAAUUCGUAUGUAUGCGCGUCUCUUUUGCUCUGGUAAAUACAGUGGUACCAUUAUUGUAAGAGUUGAAGAAGCAGACAGAAAUCGCUUGUGGAGUACGAGUAUCUAUCAUCGACCAUGAAAGAAGAUUACGAGAUUGAAGAAAAGAAGCAAGCUGCUGCUGAUGUUUUGUUUCAAUAUUCAAAAUUUGUGAUGGCAUGUAUUGGAAACCAAGUUCGACCUUGCGACUUGAGGUUGCAUUUAAUGAAGGAGAUAUCUGGGUUGCCAACUUCUUUAAAGAGGGAACCAUCACAAACAGCUGCUUCUCUUGAUGCAAUGGGCGAAUCUUCAAGCUGUGGCACGGCCAGACUUGAUAAAGCAGACAGUUUUAGAGCAUUGUAAUUAAUUGCAGCAUUCUUCAUGGUGUUCUGUUAUGCUUGGUGAUCCCCAGAUCACGAUGGUUUAAUUAUUCUUCUUCGCCCUUCUCCCUGUUUUAAAAAAAUUUGUAUGGCAUUCUUUACAAUUGAUUUCUGUAAUAUUUUAUGCUAAAUCAUGUAUUCCUAAUAUUUAAGAUGUUGUAAAUCCUAAGUUCUUAUUUCCAAAUUCUGAUGCAUAAUAGAAUUUGUCUCAUACUUUUUCUGCA